AGUUGUUAAUGAUAUUACUCGCACUAUUUGGACAACAAUUACUCGGAAACAUUUACAUGUUGACAAAAACCUCAUAGGGAUGGAUGAUCGUUUGAAUGAAGUUAUUCCACAAAUGAUAGAUCUAUCAUCAAAUGAGGUUCGCAUGAUUGGGAUCUAUGGACAUGGAGGAAUUGGUAAAACAACCAUUGCCAAAGUUGUAUAUAAUCAAAUUGCCUCUCAUUUCAUGAUUACUAGCUUUAUUGCUAAUAUUAGUGAGGAAUUCAAAAGUCGGGGUCUACUUCAUUUUCAAAAACAACUCCUUCACGAUAUCUUGCCAAGAAGGGAGAACUUUAUAAGCAAUGUUGAUGAAGGGAUCAUUAUGAUACAAGACAGGCUAUGCUUUAAAAAAGUUCUUCUUGUUCUUGAUGAUGUUGACAAUUUGAAGCAAUUGGAAGCUUUGGCCGGUGAUUGCAAUUGGUUUGGUCCUGGAAGUAGAAUUAUUGUAACAACUAGAGAUAGGCAUUAUUUGAAUGUGCAUAAAAUGAAUUCAUUUUAUGAGGUUAAGGUAUUAAAGCAUGAGGAAGCUGUUGAGCUCUUUAGUUGGCACGCAUUUGGACAGAAGCAUCCCAAAGAAGGUUAUGAAACACUUUCGCACUCUAUGGUGCGUUGUGUUGAUAGACUUCCAUUAGGUCUUAAAGUUCUAGGUUGUUUCCUAUUUGACAAGACGAUAUGUCAAUGGAAAGGUGAAUUGCAAAAGCUAGAACGGGAACCUAUCCAGGAAAUUCAAAGUGUGCUCAAGAGAAGUUAUGAUGAAUUAGAUCGCACACAAAAGGAGAUAUUCCUAGAUGUUGCUUGCUUUUUUAAUGGAGAGUGUAAAGAUCGUGUUAAAAGAAUCCUAGAUGCUUGCAACUUCUUUGUGGAGAGUGGAAUAGGAGUCCUCAGUAAGAAAUGCCUCAUAACUAUUUUUGACAACAAGAUAUCGAUGCAUCAUUUGUUACAACAAAUGGGACGAGACAUUGUUCAACAAAAAUUUCCUAGAAACCCUGAAAAAUGGAGCAGAUUGUGCUAUCCUAAGGACGUAAAUCGUGUAUUGACCAGCAAAUUGGGAACAAAGGCAAUUGAGGGCAUACUCUUCGACUUGUCUAUACCAAAGCGGAUACACAUUACUACUAAAUCCUUUGAGAUGAUGAUGAAACUUAGGUUGCUCAAAAUCUAUUGGCCUCAUGAAUCUAUUUCUAUGAGGGAGGAUAAUAAAGUAAAGUUGUCCAAAGACUUUGAAUUCCCUUCUUAUGAGCUAAGAUAUCUCUACUGGCAUGGAUAUCCUUUGGAAUCUUUGCCUUCAAGUUUUUAUGCUGAGGACCUCGUUGAACUUGACAUGUGUUACAGCAGCUUAAAACAACUUUGGGAAAGCGACGAGCCUCUUGAAAAGUUAAAUACUAUCAGAGUUAGUUUCUCUCAGCACCUCAUGGAAAUUCCAGACUUGUCAGUUAGGGCUCCAAAUCUGGAAAAACUAAUUCUUGAUGGUUGUUCAAGUUUGCUUGAGGUUCACCCAUCUAUUGGAAGGCUGAAGAAGGUUACUGAAUUGAAUCUAAAAAACUGCAAAAAGCUUAGCAGUUUUCCAAGCAUCAUUGACAUGGAAGCACUCAAAAUUCUUAAUUUUGCUGGCUGCUCAGAGCUCAAGAAGUUUCCAGAUAUUCAAUGUAAUAUGGAACAUUUAUUGGAGCUUUAUUUAUCAUCAACUGCUAUAGAGGAACUUCCGUCUUCAAUUGGGCAGCAUAUCACUGGACUUGUUUUAUUGGAUCUGAAAAGGUGCAAAAAUCUUACGAGUCUUCCCACAUGUAUUUUUAAGUUGAAAUCCCUUGAAUAUCUCGUUCUGUCUGGCUGUUCAAAAUUAGAGAAUUUUCCAGAAAUAAUGGAGGAUAUGGAAAAUUUAAAAGAGCUUCUUUUAGAUGGAACAUCUAUAGAAGUGCUACCCUCUUCAAUUGAACGUCUAAAAGGACUUGUUCUAUUGAAUUUGAGGAAAUGCAAAAAGCUUGUGAGUCUUCCAGACAGCAUGUGUAAUUUGAGAUCCCUUCAAACAAUCAUUGUCUCUGGUUGUUCACAACUAGACCAAUUGCCCAAAAAUGUUGGGAGCCUGCAACAUCUAGUGCAGCUCCAUGCUGAUGGAACUGCUAUAACACAACCACCUGACUCAAUUGUUCUUUUGAGAGACCUCCGAGUGUUGAUCUAUCCUGGAUGUAAAAUAUUACCAUCUAGCUCAUUGAGUUCACUCUUUUCAUUCUGGUUGUUGCAUAGAAGAGGUUCAAAUGGGAUUGGUUUGCGCUUGCCUUCUUUUCCAUGUUUAAGCUUCUUGACAAAUUUAAACCAAAGCAGUUGCAAUCCAAGCAGAAACAAUUUUCUAAGCAUGCCUACCAGCGUCAGUGCACUUCCUAACCUGAGAGACCUUCGGUUGGGCAGUGCCAGAAUCUUACAGAAAUUCCAGAGCUUCCACCAAGUGUCCCAGAUAUCAAUUCAUGUGAUUGCACAUCCCUUUCAUUAAGUUCAUCCAGUAUAAGCAUGUUGCAGUGGCUGCAGUUCCUAUUCUAUUAUUGCUCGAAGCCAGUUGAGGACCAAUUUAAUGAUGAUAAGAGGGAUGCAUUACAAAGAUUUCCUGAUAAUUUAGUGUCUUUUUCUUGUUCUGAGCCCUCUCUAUCUAAUUUCGCUGUGGUGAUGUCAGUUCAGAGCAUGUCUGGUUGGGUUAUCAACCUUGUGCUCAGCUGAGGAUGUUUCAAGUGAAUGACCCGAAUGAGUGGAGUCACAUGGAGAUUUCUUUUGAAGCAACCCAUAGACUCAGCUCAAGAGCAUCAAAUAUGGUGAAAGAAUGUGGGGUACGUCUUAUAUAUGCAGAAGAUCUUGAAAGUAUACAAUGCAGCCCUCCUCUUGGGAGUUUGGGUGACUCUGGAUCAAGAGUAGGAGGCAAUACAGUUGAGAGAAGCAGUGACGGGGCAGGGCCCAGUGGAAGUGGAAGUGGGCACAGUUCUGUUGGCAGCAGUCAGCAUUCCAGGAAUGAUCCCUUGCUGAAGCGCAAGCGCAAAUAUUUCCCAGAAUGACUACCAUCAUCCAAGCACUUUCUUCCAAUAAACUUCUCUCUUUUGUUGAUUUGGUUAUGCACGCUUCAAGUUAUGAUUAUUUUCUUUCUUCCACUGUAUCGACCUCCUCCAAUCAUAUCUCUCUAUUACAUCUCUGUGGACCUUUUGGUAAGCGCCUUCUUUUUCUUUUCUCUCAUUAAGUUCAUAAUGAUUGAAGCAACUGAAAUUGGUUGAGGUGUUUC